UCGCCGUAUACUCUCCGCAUUUAACUUGGAUGACAUUUUUAUUUCAUCAUUAGCAUCUGGCGCCAGACUGACGCAGUGAACACUGUUACAUUUACACCGAAGAUCUUCACAUGACCCGGACGGAAGAUUGAUAUUACUUUUUUGGUUUUUAUCUGAAUUUUUGGUCGCUCUUGUCACCUUUAUCAUCAACAACGAACUCGGCGCCUACCGAACUGAACAACAACAAAUAACAAGCAUAAAAUACUCUUGCUUUUAGUCGUUCUGCUCUCGUUUAAUUUCGUACUUUUGCGUGGUACUUGUGGUCUGAGAUAUUCGGACCACGAAACAUAGUGGCAAUGCCCGAGACAGUGCAAGAUAGCUGUACUGGGGCUAAAGAGUCUCCGUUUUUCAUUAAGAACCUUCUGAACUGUGAUAGCAAACCCUCCAAACCUAAGCCUUUCCUUACCUCGCCAAAAGCCUUGGAGGCCGGCAUUUCAGUCUCUCAGGUCGGGGACUUAAGUUUUCCUCGUUUUGAGUUGCCUACCCAAAGAUUUACUUUACCAGCACACUACUUGGAGCGAGCCUCGGCAUGGUGGUACCCCUAUACUCUCAACUCAUCAAGCCAUCUACACCGGGCAGACGUUGCCGAAAAGGCAAACGUAAGAGACUCCUCUCCAGCCUCGGGUACUGAUCGAGAUUCGCCAGAUCUGAUGCUCAAAUCCGACCCCGACGCCAAAGAAGACGAAGAGAACAAAAGUGCCGAUGAAAUAGUUUUGGAAGAGAGUGAUACUGAAGAAGCAAAGAAAGAGAACAGUGUGGAUGACUGGAAAAAAACAGAGGACAGUCCGGAUAAAAAACCGUGCAGGAAAAAGAAAACGCGCACUGUCUUCUCUAGAAGUCAGGUGUUUCAGCUGGAAUCUACCUUUGACAUGAAACGCUAUCUGAGUAGCUCGGAGAGGGCAGGGCUAGCGGCAUCCCUGCAUCUCACAGAGACUCAGGUUAAGAUUUGGUUCCAGAAUAGAAGAAAUAAGUGGAAGAGGCAACUGGCUGCCGAGCUGGAGGCGGCCAAUCUGAGCCAUGCAGCCGCACAGAGGAUAGUGCGCGUGCCUAUUUUGUACCACGAGAACUCGGCCUCUGAAACGGGGAAUUCGUCGGGCAACGUGCCAGUUAGCCAGCCUCUCCUCACGUUUCCCCAUCCUGUGUAUUACUCACAUCCUAUAGUUACCUCUGUACCACUGUUGAGACCUGUUUAACAUGCUUUAUAUGCGCGUGUGUGUAUGGGUGUGUAUGCCUGUGGGUGUGUAUGUAUGUAUGUAUGUAUGUAUGUAUAUAUGUAUGUGUGUGUAUAUAUGUGCAUUGUAAUGGACAAGGAAGCGUAACAUAAGCAAGACUACUAUUAUUAUAGUUAUUAUUUUUGUACAAAAGUAAAAUUAAUUAAUGAAUAAGGAGUUUGCUUUCUUACGAGUGGAAGCCACAAUUUUGGUGUUUUGGUUUUCGAUAAUUUUUUGAAGAACGAAUUGUAAACACAUGUGCCAGAAAUUAUAAUUGCCCUCCUCCUUUUAAUAAUCAUAUCCUAUUAAUCAUAUAAUAAUCACAUAAUAAUAAUAAUAAUAAUAAUAAUAAUAAUAAUAAUAAUAAUAAUGUCCGUUUCAUGGGGGAACGCUAUCUUGGUUUGCAGAGCAACAUUCAGUUCGAACGGAAUUAAAAUCAAUAGACAAUAGUGAUUUUCAUUUUUUCAUCUAAAAGUAUCUCUAUUAUAAAUUUCUUAAUAUAUCUUACAGUUUAAUUAAAUUGCUAAAUUGGUUGGAUAAAUUAUUUCCCCCAUAUACCUGGUUAUUUCUAUUGUUCAUAUCUACGUUUAAUAGGGACAAUUUAUGUUAAAGCAAUCUAAGGUGUACAACAUGCCUGUAUUCGAGAAAUCGUUAUGAAAUGGACUUGUUUUGUGGGUUAAAUGGUUAUUUUUCUAUUUGUGCAAUAUUGUCAGCUAUCGCAUUGUAAAGUGAAUAGUGCAUCAUUGUAUUAUUAUUUUUAUUAUUAUUAUUAUUAUUAUUAUUAUUAUUUGGCAGAAUAGAUUCACUGAGUAAGGAAAAUAUUUUCAGCACUUACGUUGUGUCACUUUCAGCUUACAUUCUUCGCAUAUUGAAGCGCUUUAACGGUGGGACAAUCAAGCUUUUUUAUUGUAUAAACUUACUGAAUGGGUUACGUGUACUCAAUCUGUUUUAUUAAUAUUUGGAUUUUACUUGAACACAAUCAUCAAUUGAUCAUUUUAAUUGAUGGAAUGUUGUACAAACGUAGUUGUACAUAAUAUUAUCUAAAUGAGUUUGGGAAAUGAGUUUGUUACUUUGUAAAAAUAUGAACACCUUUUGAUAUUGUAUCGUUACCUUGAUCUAUGUUGUGAAAUAAACAUUCCUUAUUCC